AUGUACUUUGGGUGUUUCUCUUUUUCUUUCAAGACAGAAUCUUGGAAAAAGAGUACAGAUUGUUGCGAGUGGGAUGGUGUCACGUGCGACACCAUAUCAGGUCACGUGAUUGAACUAGACCUUAGUUGCAACAAUUUGAAUGGUGAAUUACAUCCUAAUAGCACUAUCUUCCAGCUUAGACACCUUCAACAACUCAACCUAGCUUUUAAUGAUAUUUUUGGGUCUUCAAUGCCUCUUGGUAUUGGCGAUUUAGUGAAACUCAUGCAUCUAAAUAUAUCCAAUUGUUACCUUAGUGGUAAUAUUCCUUCCACAAUCUCUCAUUUGUCAAAAUUAGUAUCACUUGAUCUUAGCAUUAACUGGUUCUUGGAAAUUAAUCCAUUUACAUGGAAUAAACUCAUUCAUAAUGCUACUAAUUUAAGGGAUCUUUAUCUGAAUGGAGUGAACAUGUCUUCCAUCAGAGAGAGCUCUUUGUCAAUGCUAAAGAAUUUGUCAUCCUCUUUGGUUUCUCUUAGUCUAGCAAACACCGGGUUGCAAGGAAAUUUGUCAAGUGACAUACUCUCUUUGCCAAAUCUUCAAAAACUAGAUUUGGUAGGUAAUGAUGGUCUUAGUGGUCAACUUCCAAAAUCCAACUGGAGUACUCCUCUAAGGUACUUGUACCUCCAUUACUCUGCUUUCUCAGGUGAAAUUCCUUAUUCCAUAGGUCAAUUGAAGUCUCUUACUCAUUUAGUCCUUUCAGAUUGCAAUUUAGAUGGGAUGGUUCCUCUAUCUUUGUGGAACCUCACUCAACUAACACAUUUGGACCUUUCACAAAAUAACUUAAGCUGGAGCAUCCCAGAUGUUUGUGGAAAUUUAAUCAAAUUGGAAUAUUUAUACCUUUUCUCUAACAACCUAGCAGGCCAAGUUCCAUCAUCACUUUUUAAUCUACCUCAGCUUUCUUUUUUAUGUUUAUCAUCUAACAAACUAGUUGGGCCGAUUGCAAUUGAAAUCACAAAACGUUCAAAAUUGAGCUAUGUGGAUUUAAGUUAUAACAUGUUAAAUGGAACAAUUCCACAUUGGUGUUAUUCUUUGCCUUCGUUGUUAGAGUUAUCCCUCAGCGACAACCACCUCACAGGGUUCAUUGGUAUGAUUCCACAAUGCCUGGGGACAUUUCCUCUUCUCUCUAUUUUGGAUAUGCAAAUGAACAACCUCUAUGGAAUCAUUCCUAGAACCUUUUCAAAAGGAAAUGCAUUUGAGACUAUAAAGUUGAAUGGAAACCAAUUGAAAGGACCACUACCACAGUCAUUGGCUCACUGUUCAAAUCUUGAAGUAUUAGACCUUGGUGACAACAGCAUAGAGGAUACAUUUCCCAAUUGGCUAGAAACUCUACAAGAGUUACAAGUGCUAAGUUUACGAUCAAAUCAUCUUCACGGAGCAAUCACCUGUUCUAGCAUCAAGCAUUCAUUUCCUAAGUUGAGAAUUUUUGAUGUCUCUAACAACAAUUUUAGUGGCACCUUGCCAACAUCAUGCAUCAAGAACUUUCAAGGAAUGAUGAACGUGAAUGACAGCCAAAUUGGUUUGCAAUACAUGGGUAAAGCCAGCUACUAUAAUUACUAUAAUGAUUCUGUGGUGGUCGUAAUGAAAGGUCUUUCUAUGGAUCUUACAAGGAUAUUGUGCUAUAUAUUGGAAGUUGUUGAUAAAAUAAGAAAUUUAUAG